GCUGCGCAGCUGGAUCUGGUUGUAGACAGCACUGAGGCCGUGCAGGCAGUGGUGGAGACUACAUCUGGGGCAGUGCAGGCGGAGCUAACUCAGCAAGCACCGACGACACUGGACCUGGGUAGGCGAUCCCCAGCUGACCGAGGCGAUGUGUAUAGAGCUGCUGAUGCCGCACCUGGAGAAUUCGUGACUCCGAAAUCUGCGUCGACUCCGAAGAUGGUGGCGCAGUCUGCAUGGCUGGGCGGAGUGGAUCCGCCAAGGUGGCUGCAGAGACUCAGCAGCCUGUGGAAUGUACCGAGUCCGGGAGCAUAUCAAGUUGAGAUGGCCCCUAGCCCUUAUCCGGGUGUUUCGCCGCCGUACACGCCUCCGCCUCCUGGAGGGAGGCCUUUCAGGUUGGCUUCUCCGGGAAGACCAAGGGCGAUACCUCCAGCGCCGUCCCCUCCAUCGUCUUCGAGUGUACCUGCAGAAGCGAUUCAGGCGGAAGUACAGCGGCAACUUGGAGGAAUCCUGGCUCAGCUUAAGGAUUUCGGGGAGCGGAACGAGCAGUUACAGCUGGAGCUAGAUGACACCAGAGUUCAGCUUCGCAAGGCACAAGAGGAAAGGACGAUUAGGUACCAGAUGCAGUAUUUCACGGUCCUAAGGUACCACAGAGUGCUGGAUUACCUCAGGGUGACGAUCGUGGACAAUGUGGCAAUCAAGGGAGCAGUGAGCCAGCUGAAUCGAGGACAGACGCCUCCACCACCAGUGUCUGCUGAGGGUCAGGGCUCACCUGUGCUGGAUGCUUUGACUCGGGGAGUACAGCAGCUGCAGGAGCUGCAAGCUCAAGCCAUGUUCAAGGCAUCUACUACCUCAUCGCUGGAGACGGUUAAGCCUGGGACUAUAUCGCUGACUAUGAUGCCGGAUAUGAAAACCGGUGCAGAUUCGGCUCUGGCUUUUCAAGAUUGGCUUGAGGUUUCCUAUGCUACGAUGUGUGACAUCAGUGAGGGAAGCGCUGACUGGUGGAGUGAUGUGAUGGAGACUGUUGAGCAGGUGUAUGCUUCAUGGUUGGCAGCCUCUCCGCUGGAAAAGCUUUCGAUUGACUGUGAGAUCCUGGCCCCGGUGGUUGGAAAGGUGCAAAGCUGUGCAGAUGACGCCUCCAGCCCACGUUGGAGCAAGUACAAGCUUAUCAACGUCACCUGCAGGCAAAAGAUGCAGCUUCACGAGGACCUCAAGGUGACUUGUGCAGGUACUUCGCGAAAGCUUCUGGAUGCCGGCGAGGUGACAAGUGACGAGAUACAAGAGACACCAAAGGGCAGCGAGGAGGAGGUGACCAAAGCCCAAGCACUGGUUCAAGCCGCGCAGCAGGUGGUACAAGUCCAAGCAGAAGCGCGAGGUGAUAGCUCUCCAGAGAAGACAAAGCCGGAGGUGAAGAUGAUUAUCCUGAAGGACAUCAGGGUUUGUUCGCUGAAGGGAUCAACCACUGCCUUGGUGGACAGCGGAGCAACUCACAGUUUGAGGACUGCGCGGUCAGAGGCAGAGUGGGCGGAGGCGGAACUGAUCACGGUGCAGCUUGCGGGCAGUCACUUUCUGACGAUGCGGAUAACAAAGUCUGGUACAUUAUUGAUGCCACCUUCAAAGGACAAUAGACAGUGUGGUGGAAGCAGCGCUGGUCAGACGAUCGUUCCCAUGGGUCAGCUGAUACAGGUGCUCGGAUACAGUAUGUACUGGAGUCCCGCUGAGUGCUACCUGGAGGACCGUGACGGCCGUCGGAUUCCACUACAGACAGAAGGUGGAUGUCCACAGCUAUGUGAAUUGGAGGCGCUCACCAUGAUCGCGCGACUUGAGGAUCGCAAGCUGGAGGAGUUGAAGAACACUACGAUGUUGACCAAGGACAAAGUUCAGAUGUCAGCAGUGGCAAUGGAGAGGACGUGGGAUGUGUUCCUUCUUGACUACGUGACGAAUGGGACUUUUGAGUCAGGUCUUCGAUCUGUCCGUGAUGCACCCUUCUUUCGUGAUGUACCAGGGGAGUGUCUAUCCAAUUUGAUCCCACCUGCCGGUUUGUGGUCAGGAUGGUCAAUCAUGAAGCAGCUGGGCUUCUUUACGAGGGCUCAGCGGAGGAGGAUCUUGAAUGCCAAGCGGUGGGUGGUACACCUAUUUGCGGGUGCCGAAGGUCACUAUGAGAUCAUGAAGCUUGACCAAGGUGAUACAGUUGUGAUAGAGUUGGAUAUUGCAAGGUGCCAAGGGAUGGACUUACUGCGCUCAGAGACGUGGCGAAUGCUUAUGUGGGGCGCCAAGGAGGGGAAGAUUGAUGCGAUAAUUGGUGGACCACCGGAUCGGUCUCAUCAGCGAGCCCUUGGAGGAAGCAGAGAUGUCCGAGCACUAUCCUUGGUGUCGCGAAUAUAUGGCUCCAUGCUAUGGCGCAAGCUGGCAGGGAGGAGCAGCGUCGAGCUAGAGCAGCCGAGGUUCAGUUGGCCGAGGACGCCAGCAGAAGCCCUACCGGUCAUGGAGGAGUUGCAUCCUGGGAGGAAACUAGGUUGUGGCGGUCCUAUCAGAAACGAGAAGGUCUGCGGAUGGUAUCGUUCGAUCAAGGGGCAACGGGAGGACCAGCAAGGAUUGACGAAGAUGAUCCUCUACCAGAGUGUGGUGAAAAUGACAGUGUGUGGUCGUCUGGACCCGACUUCUAAAGGUACCACUGGACGAAACAUAAAGUACCUCCUCGUUGCAAAGUACGUUGUGCCCAAGGCCUAUGUGGAGCUGUUCUCAGGUCAGCAGCCCCCUCCGGACGAUGGAAUGCCAGAGAUCAAUGAGAGCAAAGACGAUAAGCGUUCCGAUAAGGAGAUGGAGGAGUUGUUUGGGGAUGAGGAGGUUCCUAAGGGCCCGGAGGAGACGAUUGACUUUGAUGUUGAGGUGGCAAAUAUUCCAGGUGAAUGUGACCCUGGUGGUGUGGACGAUGGGGACAUGGAUUACGAGCCGUCGAUCUACAACGAAGAGGAGGAUCGGGAAGUCGAUGACGAGUGUCCUGUACAGAAUACGGUAAUGGCGGAGGGAGAUUGCGAGGCCCCAGAGAUGACGUACCUUAUGUUUGCUACUGGGCUACCUAACAACCAGGCCAUGACCGUGAAGCGGGGCAUCCAGGCUGCGUGCGCCAUGCAGCGCUCAAGAGUGCUGGGUUGGAAGAGCUACUUGGCUGCGCCAUAUGGUUCCACUGUACAUCUACGAAGAAAGCCGUUUGACAAGUAUGGUCCGUUGAAGCGGGAGCAAACACUGGAGUCGAAAUGGCAUAGUGGACGCUAUGUUGGCCUUAGCACUAUACUUCAGAGAGGUCAUCUAGUGUACGUACCACAGGAGGGGGAGGAGAAGGAGAAGUUUUUCCAUACCCUACAUGUUCGGCCAAAUCUGGUGGAUCCUGGGGGACCUGACGUGGAGUUAAGAGCAGAUGAAAUACCAAGACCGAGGCGUCGAGUGUUGGGAAAAACAGACAUGGCGGAUGUGGAAAUGAAGGUCCUGAAGAAGGUCCCGGAGGAGGUGCACGAAAUCGCUACAGCGGGCGCGGAGGCCCUUCUACGCGACUGGGAUCACAAUCAGGCAUGCGACUUGGUUAAGCAGCUGGCUGGGACCAAGUUCUUUGCUGACAAGAAGUUUGGAGUAUAUCGACAUGGAGGAUCGGUGGGAUGGCUUGCGGGGAUUAUCGAGUACCCUGCGCUGACGAAGUUGCUGGUGAGAGUCAUUGUUGAGGUGAUCCCAGAUGCAGCGUUUACGUCUGUGCUGGUGUCAAACAAUACGCCAAAGCAAAUGCACAAGGACAUCAACAAUGACUAUAACACCAAGAACUAUGUCGUUCCGAUCUGCAUUCCAAGUCGUGGCGGUGACCUUUGGAUCGAGCUCAAGGAGGGAGAUGUAGUUCAUGGUCAAAUAGAGCAGCGCUGUGCUGGUGAAAAGCACCAGUAUGGACAACUUCGACCUCUACGUCAAGGUGAAGGUUUGGAAUUUGGCCCAAGGCGCUACCAUGAAGUCUCUGAAUGGGAAGGCGAUCGUAUCGUGGUCAUUGGUUAUACGCCGGACUGUCUGGGAAAAUUGUCACAAGAUGAUAUACAUUCCCUCCAUGAAUAUCAUUUCCCUGUUCCACUUUCUCAGCUACCAGAGUUCUAUGGUGACUUAAAGACAGAAGGGACAAAGCCCAGUGUUAACUCGAUGCAGGAUUCCAAUGGAAGUGGACAAGCUACUUCAUUACAUGAGCAAGAUGGAUGGAUAAUGUACCUGGACUUGGGACCUGGAAUGGUGAAGAUUGCAGAGGACAACGAGCCGGACGUGAUUCCAAGGGUCCAGAAAGCUGAGGUGGGCUAUACCAAGAAUAUCGAGCAAGUUCUACAGAAGCUUACAAGUCCGCUAGAAGUGGUCCACAACGUGAGCCCAGAUGAAGUUAUGUCUAACUUGGAGGCAUGGCGAGCGGCGAUUGUCAAGGAGGUGAAGGGUGUUGAGGUAGCAAUCGAGCGACUGUUGCCAGGGUCGGAUGCGAGAAAGAAGUGGGUGAAUGCACCGGGUGUCCAGCGACUCCCGAUGAAGUUCGUCUUUACCGUGAAGCCGAAUGAUGGAGCAGUACAAGAAGACAAGUCUACGUGGUACAAGAGAAAGGCCCGACUGGUGAUCUGUGGAAACAUGGCCCGUGCGGAGGAGACCUCCUUGUAUGCGGAGACAGCUCCAGCAGAAGCUGUACGAGCAGCGCUGGCCAUUGCCAGCCGCAACCAAUGGCUCAUUGCCAUACUUGAUGUGGUGGCCGCGUUCCUGAAAACGCCUUUGGGACGCCAGUCCACAGACCCAGUGGUGAUUGCGCAGCCGCCCAGAUUACUUGAGGCCCUGGGGCUAGCAGAGCGUUUCGAAUUAUGGGCUCUGGUGAGGGCUCUUUACGGACUCAGAGAGGCGCCGAGGCUGUGGACAACUUACAGGGACGCGACAAUGCAGACUAUGACGGCUCCGAGGGGGUUAAAGUGGAAGCAGGGCCGCGCUAUCACAUCAUGGUGGACACUGAGAGACAAGGAAGGUGCGGUACAAGCCAUCGUUGUUGUGUAUGUGGAUGAUUUUCUGCUAUGUGGUCCUCGCGAAGUGGUGCUAGAGCUGACCGAGAUCAUUCAGCAAGUUUGGGAUACGUCCGAGCUUACAGUGCUGGGACCUACAACAGCAGUGCGGUUUCUUGGGAUGGAGCUUCAUCGUGAGACGGAAACAAUGGGUGAGAUCACAGUGCACCAACAGGGAUUUAUUCAGGAGUUGGUAAGGACACAUGGCAUCAAGCCCACCAAUGUGAGCCGGGUGCCGAUAACCAAAGAGCUGGCUAUGAUCUCUGACCAGGAGGAGGGCAUCAGUGAGAGUGCAAUCAAGGAUGCUCAGCAGCUUACAGGAGAAGUGUUGUGGGUGGCGCAGCGGUCGAGGCCGGAUCUGGCAUACACCACAUCAAUGAUGGCGAGUAUGUGUACGCGAACUCCUUCUCAGGCAAUACAAACUGGGAUCAAGGCUAUUGGCUACCUUCUCAAGACCAUCAAGUACGGUUUGAAGGUGCGCUGGUCAGACGCAGGACUGGUGAUGUUCUGUGACGCGGCUUAUGCACCGCAAGGCGGGAGGUCGCAUGGCGGAUGGGUCGUUACGUUUGGAGGAGUUCCAAUAGUGUGGAGAAGUGGAAGGCAGCAGAUGAUUACCCUGUCUACCGCGGAAGCGGAGCUACUUUCGAUGAUAGAUGGGGCUAUUGCCAUGAAAGGAGUGGAAGCACUACUUCUUGAUGUUGGCGAAGUGGUGGAAACCAAGGAGAUAGCAUCGGACAGCAUGGCCGCCUUGAGUAUAUCAUCGGGUUCUACGUCAUGGAGAACUCGUCACCUACGUAUAAAAGCAGGGUGGUUGCAGGAACAAAUCACUCAUGGCCUUAUGCAUGCGCGGCACUGCCCUGGAGAGGUACAGCCAGCUGACUUACUUACCAAGGCCCUCAGCUACGCAAGGAUGACCUCUUUGUUGACUUUGUGGGGGGUCGGAGGUGAUGAUCGAGCUCCCGCCCCAGCAGUAGCAGUGGUCAAUGGGAGAUCAAGAUUGACGGUGGCAUUGGUGUGUUGUCUGUUGGUGUUAUCAGUACAAGCGUCAGAGGAUACAAGUUCUUCCUCCUCGCGGGGAUCUGGGAUCCAGGUGGAUAGUGACUUGAUUGGUGUGAUGAUGCUAUCCUUAAUGGGCUUGGGAGCUUUGUUGAUUUGGGAAGGACUAAAGUGGAUGUGUCUCGAGCUCUACCACGAGUAUACCCCGGGCGCAAGCAAGAGAAAGCUCAAGAAGUUGCGGAAACUACAAGCAGCGACUACAGAGGCGAUCGAGAGAGAGCUGGACAGGAUUCGUGGUGGUGAGCGGGAUGAACCUACAACGCAGGCCCAGUCUGGGUCUGAGGCAAUGCCAGAAGCAAGACCUUUGUCAUCGGCGACCUUACGGCUACGCGGAGCUACACGGGUACUGGAUAGGGAGUCAAGGCAUGCCAGCGACUUGGUCAGUGACGACCAAGGUCAUCCGAGCACACCAUGGACAGCGAUGUCUACGCCUACGAGUGAGCCGCCUCGAACACCAAGUCCGGGACUGCAGCCUACGAGAUCCUCACUUGAGUCGAGGGCAUCGAGACAAGCAGCAGUCGCUACUUGGGAUGAGAUCGCUCGCAUCAGCGAGGAUGUUUGCAGACUUAUGACUUGCGAAAGUUUACGCGAAGGCUUACGCACAGAAGCCCUGCCCGUGUCCGGGCUAAAAGAUGAUCAAGUAUGUCGACUUGGUGGACGUUUGGCAGAGCUUGCGCAUGCCAAUACAGGACCAACAGCUAAGCAGCUACGCUAUGUCCUAUGGCUGUGGCGUGAGAAAGAUAUGAGUGGGAGGCAUAAUCUUAAGUACUGCGAGGUCUGUGACCGUGCCCGAAUAUCAUCCCUCAUCGCGCAGUGGAUGAAGAGAUGA